UGUGUAUAAUGUUCUUGUCUGUCUCUGUGAAGCUGCCUCAUCCCUCUUGGCCGUAGUGUUCCAGGGUGCUCUGUUCAAUUCCUUAACAGGUUCAUCUGCCCUGGGGAAAAUUUUUUUGUUGUUUUGAGACAGGUUCUUGCUGUGUAGCCUUGGCUAGCCUGGUACCAGAAAUACAGCCCAUGCUAGCUUGAGCUUGUGGAAGUCUUCCUGCUUGCCACUCCUAAGUGCUAGGAUUAUCCCUUUUUGUGAUGGGCCUUGUGCAUGGUACGCAAGUGCUCUAACCUGAGCUAUGCAUGUAGCUUAGGGUUUCUUCAGAUUGAAAACAUAAGGCAGUAUACAGUCCUGGGAUCAGCAACCUGUGUUUUGUUUUGCCUUUUUCUGUAUGUGCUAUGCCAUGUCUUCCCUAUACUAACAAAACUAUUGGCUCUAAGCCUUUCAUAACAUUUCCCCUCUUGGAUUCCUGGUCAAAUCUCUAUAUUCUGGUCCCAAAGGCACAUCUUUAUCUUAAGAUCCUUGCACUUCUGGGGGGUCUCAUGAAGAUAGUUGGUGCUGUGCCAGGGAGUGACUCUAGCCAAACUGUGGGCCUUUUUUAGCUCUCAGGUGUUACUCUCUGUGAAGCUACUGAGGUAACAGCUGAUUGAGUAUAUCAGGAGAGCAUGCUGAAGGUGUCCAGGAUAUCAUUACCGGUGGUUCGUCACACAAUCCUGUGAAAUCCGAGGUUGAGAGAACUCCUUAACUCCUGAGAGCUAGGACUCUAGCAGUAAGAAGCAGCCUUGCAAGCCUUUCCUAGACAAGGCCCUUUACUUGGCUGGACCUCUUCAGUUUCUUUCAGGGGUCACAGGUUAAUGAAUUCAGUUGGUGAGAAGAUUCCCUCCUUUCCUUUCCUCCUUUCAUAGAUAUAUGGCUCUAUGCUAUAUGCAGGAUUGGACUGGACUCUUCUCAGAAAGCUGAUUGAUCCUGCCCCCACCAACUGAUAGCUCAUCUCCUUUUUCUUUUCUGUGAAACACUGAAAAGAGCAUGAACUUCAGAGUCAGCCUCAUCUAAUUUCAAAACUAGCACUACCACUAAAAAGCUUAGAUUUGAAACUGUUGGCCUUAUAGUAAAUGCCUAAUAAAAUGUCAAGUUUUUCUGUUCAUCUCUUUCUCCUAAAACAAAAGCCCUAGUUUCUGCAAGUUCCAAAGUACAGGAAGUUUCAGAGUUCUGGCAAGCUCCUUCUGUUAGUUACUCUUGGUAACACUAAGCCCCUUAUCACUCCUUACUCCCUGGCCCUCUAGCCAACUCCAUUCGUCUUCUCUACUCUUGGGUUUCAAGUUGUGUUUUUCUGUAGUUUCCAUAAUUCAUAAUUUCAGUUCUUCUCUUCCCUGGACUAAUAAAUUCUUCCAGAAGGAUUUUCUUUUCCAUUGACCAGGAGAUGUGAAACAAGGGAGAGAUGGAGCUAAAGGAGAAGGGUUGGGCAGGGUCAUGAAAUAAAAGGAUUUUCCUUUUAGAACUGUGGAAUGACUACUAACCUAGCACCAGACCAAAGUUCAUUUUAAGGGGACAGAAAGGGUGACGCAGGGGAGUGGAGGACGCUGAGGAGUCGGGUGUGGUUUCCGAGAGGAAGGGAGGAAGCGUUGGUACUGAGAAGAACAUGGAGUGAGCUCCAUCUUGGGAUGCAGAGCCAGCGUAGAGCUAGGAGCUCUGGGAGAAGGGAAGAGGGUGUGAGGCAUGUGGCGUGAGGAGGGGCGCAGGGUGGCUCACCUGGGAAGACAGGAAGUGAAAAGGUGCGGUCGGUCUUGCUUCCCUUUCCCGGGAGGUCUUGGGGCAGUCCCUCAGCCCACUCUCUAGAAUGUCCCUAGAAGUCCCGGGGGUCGUGGGUCCCACGCCUCCCUGGGGCCGUGGGAAGGAGGAGCCUGGGCGACGGGCGGGGCCUCGUGAGCGGCUCCGCCUCCGCCUUCCCUGCGGCGUCCCGGGCGCUGCGGUAGCCGGCCUCCCCUCCCUUACGCGCUCGGGCGGGAGGGCGGAGCUGGGCCCGCUCCAUUGUGGAGUGGAGGGGAGAGGUCCUCGGGAGCCGAGUCCGGGUCCAGGUGCUGGGGGCGCUCGCGGCUGCAUCUGGUGGAACCCGCAGCCGGGAUGCAGCGGGCGCCCGGAGCUGGUGGGCAGCGCAGCGGCUCCGGGGACAUGUGCGCUGGCCCAGCUCGCCCGCGACCAUGAGCCUGACCGCCCGCGUCUCCUGCUCCAUGCUUAGCUGCUUCGGUGAGGAGGGCCCCCCCAGCCUGGAGUACAUCCAAGCGAAGGAUCUGUUCCCCCCCAAGGAACUGGUGAAGGAGGAGGAGAAUCUCCAGGUACCCUUCACAGUGCUACAGGGUGAGGGAGUGGAGUUCCUGGGCCGGGCAGCUGAUGCUCUCAUUGCCAUCUCCAACUACCGGCUACAUAUCAAGUUCAAAGACUCUGUCAUCAACGUGCCCCUCCGAAUGAUUGACAGCGUGGAAAGUCGUGAUAUGUUCCAGUUGCACAUUGCCUGCAAAGACUCCAAAGUGGUGAGGUGCCACUUCUCCACUUUCAAGCAGUGCCAAGAAUGGCUCUCAAGGCUAAGCCGGGCCACAGCAAGACCUGCCAAGCCUGAGGACCUCUUUGCCUUUGCCUACCAUGCCUGGUGCCUGGGGCUGACUGAGGAGGAUCAGCAUACCCACCUAUGUCAGCCAGGAGACCAUAUCAGAUGUCGACAAGAGGCAGAGCUCACAAGGAUGGGCUUUGACCUGCAGAAUGUCUGGAGAGUCUCACAUAUCAACAGCAACUACAAGCUGUGCCCUAGUUACCCCCAGAAGCUGCUGGUUCCUGUGUGGAUUACAGACAAAGAGCUGGAGAAUGUGGCUUCCUUCCGCUCUUGGAAGCGCAUCCCUGUUGUUGUAUAUAGACACCUGCGCAAUGGGGCUGCCAUUGCCCGCUGCAGCCAGCCUGAGAUCAGCUGGUGGGGCUGGCGCAAUGCUGACGAUGAAUACCUGGUCACAUCCAUUGCCAAAGCCUGUGCCCUGGACCCAGGAACAAGGGCUAGUGGGGGCUCCCUCAACACUGGGACUAAUGAUGCCAGUGAGGCAUGUGACAUUGACUUUGAUUCUUCUCUAACUGCAUGCUCUGGGGUAGAGAGCACAGCUGCCCCUCAAAAGCUACUGAUACUGGAUGCACGGUCCUACACAGCAGCAGUGGCUAACCGGGCCAAGGGUGGAGGCUGUGAAUGUGAAGAGUAUUAUCCCAACUGUGAGGUCGUGUUUAUGGGAAUGGCCAACAUCCAUGCCAUCCGAAACAGCUUCCAGUAUCUCCGGGCUGUGUGUAGCCAGAUGCCAGAUCCCAGCAACUGGUUGUCGGCGCUGGAGAGUACCAAAUGGCUGCAGCACUUAUCAAUGAUGCUAAAAGCAGCUGUGCUGGUGGCUAAUACAGUAGACCGGGAAGGCCGGCCUGUGCUGGUACACUGCUCUGAUGGUUGGGACCGCACACCGCAGAUUGUAGCCUUGGCUAAAAUAUUACUGGACCCCUAUUACAGGACAUUGGAGGGCUUCCAAGUGUUAGUUGAAUCUGACUGGCUAGAUUUUGGGCACAAGUUUGGAGACCGCUGUGGCCACCAGGAGAAUGCAGAGGACCAAAAUGAACAAUGUCCUGUGUUCCUCCAGUGGCUUGAUUCGGUUCAUCAGUUGCUUAAGCAAUUCCCCUGCCUGUUUGAAUUUAAUGAAGCAUUUCUGGUCAAACUGGUGCAGCACACAUACUCCUGUCUCUACGGUACAUUCCUAGCCAACAAUCCUUGUGAACGAGAGAAGCGCAACAUCUACAAGCGGACAUGCUCUGUGUGGGCGCUCCUGAGAGCCGGCAAUAAGAACUUCCAUAACUUCCUCUAUACACCUAGCUCAGACAUGGUCCUGCAUCCAGUUUGUCAUGUCCGGGCCCUGCACCUCUGGACAGCUGUUUAUCUGCCUGCAUCAUCUCCAUGCACACUUGGAGAGGAAAAUAUGGAUCUUUAUCUUUCCCCAGUGGCCCAGAGCCAGGAAUUCUCUGGUCGUUCUCUAGACAGGUUACCUAAAACCAGGUCCAUGGAUGAUCUUCUUUCUGCCUGUGACACAAGCAGCCCCCUGAUUCGCACAUCCAGUGACCCUAACCUGAAUAACCACUGUCAAGAGGUCAGAGUCAGCCUGGAGCCUUGGCAUAGCAAUUCUGAGGGAACAGAUACAGCCUUUGUAGAAUCUGGAGUAGGAGGUCCUCAGGCGCCUGUGGAAGUGGGUCUUCCUCCUCUGCCCAACCAGAAAGACUACUUGAGCAAUAAGCCUUUCAAGGGUCACAAAAACUGUUCUCUAAGUUAUAAACUGCUUAAUACAGCUGUGCCCCGGGAAAUGAAGAACAACAUCUCUGAGAUCAAAGUCCUAGAAGAGACUGAGGCACUACCAGCCCCAGAUCCCCCAGUCCAAGAGGAGCUGAGUAGGACUUUUGAUGACUCAGAGCCAUCCGAACAGUGUCCCAAAACAGAAGCUGUCAGUGCACUUGCUAAUGUCAUCUCCACCAAGUGUGGUAGAGCCUGUAAUUUUCCUGAGUCUGCCCGGGAUUCUCUUACAGAUGCCCUCCAGCAGGCCAAGCUAGAAUCCAUGCUAGCCGCAACCCCCGCAAGGUGUGCUCUAGAUCACAGUCUGGGCAGCCUUUGCAACCCCCCAAGUGCUACCUGCCAAACUCCUCAAGAGCCAAGUGCUGACUUCCUCAGCCAAGAUCCCCAAGGGCCUAUGACAAGUAUCUCCCACCAGGAACAGCCCAGUUCUGUGCUGGAUCUAAUCUACAGGGAGGAAGAUGCUGGCAAGAGAGUCAAUAAGAAUGGGCAGUUAUUGGAAAAUCCUCGCUUUGGGAAAAUGCCAUUGGAGUUGGCCCGAAAACCAAUUUCUCAGAGUCAGAUCAGUGAGUUUUCUUUUCUGGGGUCCAACUGGGACAGCUUCCAAGGGAUGAUGACUUCAUUUCCGAGUGGUGAGACUACCCCUCGACGUUUGCGUUCUUACGGCUGUUGUAGCAAGAGACCAAGUAGUAAGCAGAUGCGGGCCACGGGGCCCUGCUUUGGGGGCCAGUGGGCACAGAGAGAAGGUAUGAAGUCACCUGUCUGUUCUAGUCAUUCCAAUGGACACUGUACAGGCCCAGGAGGAAAGAACAACCGGAUGUGGUUGUCCAGUCACCCAAAGCAAGUCUCCAGCACAAAGCCUGUUCCUCUGAGCUGCCCUUCUCCAGUACCUCCUCUCUACCUGGAUGAUGAUGGACUCCCCUUUCCCACGGAUGUAAUCCAACAUAGGUUACGGCAAAUUGAAGCAGGGUACAAGCAAGAAGUGGAGCAGCUGCGUCGACAGGUUCGAGAGCUUCAGAUGAGACUAGAUAUCCGUCAUUGUUGUGCCCCUCCAGCAGAGCCCCCUAUGGACUAUGAGGAUGAUUUUACGUGUUUAAAGGAGUCAGAUGGCAGUGACACUGAAGAUUUUGGGUCUGAUCACAGUGAAGACUGCCUUUCAGAAGCAAGCUGGGAGCCUGUUGAUAAGAAGGAGACUGAGGUGACUCGCUGGGUUCCAGACCAUAUGGCAUCACACUGCUAUAACUGUGACUGUGAAUUCUGGUUAGCCAAACGAAGACACCACUGCAGAAAUUGUGGGAAUGUAUUUUGUGCUGGAUGCUGCCACCUGAAGCUGCCCAUUCCAGAUCAACAACUCUAUGACCCAGUUCUCGUCUGUAACUCAUGUUAUGAACACAUUCAAGUAUCUCGUGCCAGAGAACUCAUGAGCCAACAUCUGAAGAAACCCAUCGCUACAGCUUCCAGUUGAAUGCCAGAAGAGAUGACCUGUCCAUUUUUAGGUUUGAAGGGAGGAUCUGCUUCAGGUGUAGUCUGGAAGGUUCCUUGGUAUGGCUCAUGAAACCACAGAGCUCAAAGAUACCAUCUUAAGAAAUCCUCCUUGGUACCAUGUGACUGGAGCAGAGGAAUUUCAAUUUGGCAGGAGGUUUUCUACUGGAGAGACCCUCACUUUGGGGUAAUGGUCCUGAUCCAGACCCAGAGUCUGGAAGCUUACCAUUGAGUUGGUGACUCCAGCUUCUUUCUCCUGGUGUCACAAGAUGAUGAUUUCAUAGAUACUGCCUGGUGCAAAGUGCCCAAACAGCAAUAGAAAGGCAUACUUAAACCAAACUCCAAAUGAUAAUGAGACCCAUCUCUCCUCCACCUUGAAAAAAGCAGAUUCUAGUAUAUAAGAUAGGAAUUCCUAUCCUAUUUGAAAUGAACUUUAUUCUGUACCUCUGUGCUCUGUGUCUGUGCAUGAAGGCUCAGUCUUUUAGAGGCACUCCCUCUAGUUGCAUUAGUACUGUCUUCUGUGGCGUUCGGCUUAAAGACUGGGUUGGCAAAUGGAGGUUUUGAUGUAUUUUUCAUCUGGCUCAUUGGCCAGCAUCAGCGAAUGCUGAGUUUGGGGGGACAGUUCUGAGUGAGACACUUUUGGAAACAGAGGAAAACUCUGAUGGUGUUUCAAUCUUGGCAAAAAUCAGUUACUUUGAACUGUGAAGGCAGUCGCUAUUACGCAGUGGCAGCUCUUGAGGUAUGCACUGUGAAGAAUGAGAAGGGAAAAGCAAAAAUGAUCCUUGUGAAAUAUCUGCUGAUCAUGCCCUCCCCUUUGCGCCUGACUUUUCCUAGUUGUCCUGGUGCUAACAUGGGAGCUACACCUUGAUCCUCUCCUGGCAUGAAAAUAAAACAAAGGAUUUUGUUGUUCCAUUGCCCACUUCUCCCCGCCCCCAUGUUGUCUUUCCCUUGGCUGCUGCCUCCUCUGGGUCACACUGCUUCUUAUCCUGAACACUUGACACCUUGAGGGUAGAAUUUAGCAUUUGGUUUUUACCUCCUAGCAGAUGCUGUUUGGUAUGUGAGGGUUUCAGUAAAAAUGCUGCUGUCUAUUUCUGUGCACUUAACAAUGGAACCCAAACAGAAGAGAAAGCCUUGAUACCAAAAUUGGGAGCGAUCAUGUGUCCAUUCGGACCAAACAUUUCUUUUGUUGUUGUUUGUUUUAUUUUGAUUGUGUUUUUCAUCUUACUAUGUACCAGUGGCACUUAACCAAAAGAUACAGUGAUAUAGCCAUGUAUUGUGGUUGGGACGGAUACAGUCUCUUUGGCCCAUAGUGAAAGUACUAGGAUUUCCUUUAUACAUUUUCCUUAAUUCAUUAAUAUACAAAAGAUAAAUUACUUAGGCUUAUUUAACUGUUUUAAAACUAUGGCAGUUGUCUUUCUCACUGCCAUGUUUCUUUCUAGAAAAAUUUUUCAUUCCAAAAUAACUAGAAAACUGCAUUUAGAACAAAUUUGUUUGUCCUGACCUUUUCUUCAGUCUUACAGAGAAGCAUCUGUGUUCCUUUUAUACUUGCCAUGGACAUAACCUAAAAAGUUUUGGCGUAUUUAGGUCAGCCUAGCAGAAUUUUUUUUUUUUUUCAUUUAAAUGGCACUGAAUAAUGGAUAUUGUGUGUCUGGGAAAUUCUAGGAUCAAAUGAAAGAGUAACAAACUAUUUGUCUGAUACAUAAAAUUAUUUUUAGCAUUUUUCUCAAUCUUUAAAAUUUAUUGCCAGUCAUGACUAGCUUUUUAAUUAAUGAUUUUCAUUGCACUUCACUCUGUCUUCAGGGGAUUGGAAACAUUCGGGGAGACUGUAUCUGUCCAUUUUGUGUGACUGUUUUGAGGGAUUGUCCCAUCAGUGAACAAACUGCAUGGCCUCAGAGAGAAACUCUGGGCUAUUGGCUCAGAUGUGUUCAUCCUUUCAGAGCUGUUGUGGGUGUAAGUGACAUGAUGUGGCCAAAAAAUCCAAACCGUGCAGUCGCGUUGUAACAAACAUGCAAUGUGCUGUAAAAACUCAAUACAGUUUAAAUAAAAUCUCUAUAUUAGU